AUGGCGACUGCGACUGCUCGCUCGUUGGUCUGCGCGCAUUUCACCGCCGCGCAACUCUCCCCUGCAGAGGGAGAGUCGUCCUCUCUGAAGGCUUUCGCCAAGUCCGUGAAGCCCAACGGUCUCUCUGCGUUCCCCCUCAGCCGCAAGUCUGUCUCUAACCGUCGCAGGACCUGUGCGAAUGGGAGCAGCAGUCGCAGAAGACAGCCAGUGAUGGCGGCGGCGGGCGACGGUGCGACGAAGAAGUGUCGCAUCACGCUGCUGCCGGGCGACGGAAUCGGCCCUGAGAUCAUGGCAGUGGCUGUGAAGCUGCUCAAGGCUCUCGGCGAACUGGAAGGCAUCACUUUUGAGUUCCAGGAGGCGCUGGUCGGAGGUGCGGCGAUCGACGAAUUCGGCGUGCCUCUGCCCGAAUCAACCCUCGCCACGUGCCGCGACAGCGAUGCCGUUCUGCUCGCUGCCAUUGGAGGGUACAAGUGGGACACCCUGCCCGCAGAUCUCCGCCCUGAGCGCGGGCUGCUGGGUCUGCGCGCGGGGCUCGGCGCUUUCGCUAACCUGCGCCCCGCCACCGUCUUCCCCCAGCUGAUCGAGGCGUCGUCGUUGAAGCGCGAGGUGGUGGAGGGCGUUGACAUCAUGGUGGUGCGCGAACUUACGGGCGGAAUCUACUUCGGAGAGCCCAAGGGCUUCGGACUGGAUGCAGAGGGCAACAGGACAGGCUUCAACACCAUGAUCUACUCCGCCCCUGAGAUUGACCGCAUCGCCCGAGUGGGCUUUGAGGCGGCGCGCAAGCGCAGCGGGCGGCUGUGCUCCGUGGAGAAGUCGAACGUGCUGGAGGUGUCGCAGCUGUGGCGCGAGCGCGUGACGGCCAUUGGGGCGGAGGAGUACCCGGAUGUGGAGCUGUCGCACAUGUAUGUGGACAACGCUGCCAUGCAGCUCAUCCGCAACCCGCGCCAGUUUGACACCAUCGUCACCGGCAACAUCUUUGGGGAUAUCCUCUCCGACGAGGCGUCCAUGCUCACUGGCUCCAUUGGCAUGCUGCCCUCCGCCAGCAUUGGCUCUGACGGCCCGGGCAUCUAUGAGCCAGUGCAUGGUUCGGCACCGGACAUUGCGGGGCAGGACAAGGCGAACCCGAUGGCUCAGGUGCUCUCAGCCGCCAUGAUGCUGCGAUACGGGCUCAACCUGCCACGUGGUGCUGACCUAUUGGAGGCUGCUGUCAUGAGUACCCUGGAGGCAGGAUACAGGACUGGUGACAUUGCUUCCCCCGGCAUGGAGGUGGUGGGUUGCACCUCGGCCAUACCCCUCGGCACAGUAUCAUCCAUACCUUUCACUACAGUCACCCAGGCUCCUCCGCUCGCUACAGCGUCGGCAAUGAGCGGCAGCGGCGUGGAGUGGGAGGUGCUGGUGCCGUCGCUGGUGGGGGUGACGCCCGCUAGCGCCCUCAUUGCCGCCACCGCCGCUGCAGGCGCGCUUGGGCUGGGCUUCGCGCUGUUCAUCGCCGGGCACUGCACAUGUGUGGUAACCCUACUUGUGGAGUGGGAGGUGCUGGUGCCGUCGCUGGUGGGGGUGACGCCUGCUAGCGCCCUCCUCGCCGCCACCGCCGCUGCAGGCGCGCUUGGGCUGGGCUUCGUGCUGUUCCUCGCUGUGGGGGUGCUGUUUCAGCCAAGGUGGAUCAUCACCUGGGUGCGGCAGAACCAGCCGCACAUUCUGUUCGAACACGUCACCAAAGAUCGCCUGGUUGCUCUGACGAUCGAUGAUGGGCCGAACGGAGACACGACCCACGAGCUGCUGGAUAUUCUCAAGGAACACGGGUGCACAGCCACGUUCUUCGUGAUUGGAUCCAACAUUGAUCGAUACCCCAGCAUUGUGGAUCGCAUGCACGCUGAAGGCCACGAGGUGGGCAACCACAUGACAGCAGACGAGCCCAGCUGGCGCCUGUCAGCCGGGGAGUUUGAGUCGUCGCUGCUGGAAGUGGACGCCAAGCUCCUCCACUACUUCCGACGAGACGCCGGAGGCAACCCUGUCAAGUGGUUCCGACCGGGCCAUGGGUGGUACACCAAGCGAAUGCGGCAGCAGGCACAGCGGCACGGGUACAACGUGGCUUUGGGCUCUGUGUUCCCCGUGGACCCGCUUUUCAAGGACAGCAGCCGCCCUCUCGCUGCCUACUGUUUAUGGAAGGUGUACCCAGGUGCUAUUAUUAUCCUGCAUGAUCGUCCCCAGCAGGGCACACAAACCGUUGAGAUUCUGCGGAUGAUGCUGCCAGAGCUGAGACGGCAGGGCUAUCAGGUGGUCUCCCUCUCGCACCUUCAUCACCCUCUUCUGCUUCCGAUCCCCCACCUGCCAACCAUGCAUCUCUCUCGUCUCCCUGCUCUGGCGCUCCGUCUGGAUGGCGCGGCACGGGUGCUGUGGACGAAGAGGGUUCUGGCGUCUGCGCAGCGCAAAACCAGCAGCCCGUUCACGUACAAGCAGCCGGAGCUGAAGAUCGACACCAUGGACUGGACCGUGAAGCACGCGCGGCUGGGCGGCGACCCGCUGAAUGGUUUCGACGUGUUCCUCACAGGCGUGCUGACGUUCAACGCGCUCAUCUACAACCCCAACGCUUAUGGGCUCAAGAUCAACGCUAUAUACGUGCACGCGGAGUACAACAACACGUUUCUCGGCAACUCCAAGCUCCCCCCCAUGAACGUGUACCCGUUAAAGUCAUCCCCGGUAAAAGCACCCUUCAACCUGGUGAAUAUCCCUAUGAAGAAAGGAUGGCGCAUAUACCAGAAGGGGGAUGUGCUUGCAACGAAGAUUGACAUCCAAGGGUUUGGGAGAUUCACCGGCUUUGGAAUCAAAAGUCCUGUGAUGCAGGUCAGAACCACUUGUUAUGUAAAAUACGUGCUUAAAGCAGCUCUUCUUUCCUGCGUUCUUCUCGCCGCCGCUGCAUCAUGCGCUUUCGCCGCCCCCCCGAAAUCCAAACCCCCCAGUCUCCCGCCCAUGCCCAAAAUCACCGGCAUUCCGUUUCCCGGCAUCCGAAGAUGUCUGCUCACGUCCAGCCUCAGCUCCAAGAAGGUGCUCAGUGCGAGCUUGGGAGGAGAUUCGCUCGCCACCGGCAGCUUUCGCUCUACAAUCUACCAGCAGGGCAACCGCACGAUGAACAUCAAGAUUCACUUCGAUGUUGAGGGUCUCACGCUCCCGCUGCCGCCCACCAACCAAACGCUCUAUGACGGCCGCCGCGGCAGCAACGGCACGCCGAUUUGGGAGCUGCCCAACGCGUGGACUGUUGGGGGCGCUCCCGACGAGUUGAAAAUGGACACGUGGAUCACGGACGCGACGCGCAAGCUCGUUCCAGGGACAACGAUGACGUUUUACAGCAUGUUUCAGAAGAUCGACGCGACGCCGCGGAAUUUCUACAUUGUGAUCCGGACGGAGGCUUUCCCCGACGGCGCGAUUCGCGGGCAGAUGGGACGGCCUUCGCUUGUGCGCUGGGCGUCCAAGCCAGUGUGCUAG